UAACAUUCCUCCCCAGUCCAUGUUUCCCCUUCGAAGGUGUCAUUUCGAAGCAAGGAUCACGGGUGACAUAUUUAUUGCCAUGUCGUGGUGAACAUGCUCAUAAAAUACGAACCCUUCCACCAUCAACCCUGGUGCACUUCUCCACGGUCGUCCACGUCUCAUGAGUCGAUCCCUCUCUCGCUAUGUCCCCUCCUCCUCUUUUGCUGUCCACAUAGGUAGAUCGAGAAGAAGAAGGGAGAGGAGGGACACGAAUGGAUCGCUGGGGGAACAACCAUCACCAUGAACAGCAACGGCAACAACAUCUGAGGGUCAACAAGCUGAGCAAGAACAUCCGCAAGACCCUUCCCCACCACCCAACCUGCUACUACUCCGACCAAAAGCCACCGCAGCAGCAACAGAAGCCGCAGCCGCAGGUGUACAAUAUCAGCAAGAAGGACUUCCGCAGCAUCGUCCAGCAGCUCACCGGCACCCCCUCUCGCGACAGCAGCCCCGUCCCCAAUCCCCAUCCCCAUCCCCGGCCGAGGCCCUCCAGCACCCGCCUCCAGAAGAUCCGGCCCCCGCCGCUCGCCGCAAUUCCCCGGCCUCCGCCCCCUUCUCUGACCGCCGCCGCCGCUCGCCUUCCACCCCCCUAUUAUCCCCCCAUCCCCUACCAAAGCCCUAGUUUCAAUCUGCCCCCAGCUCCGGUUCCUCAUCCCAAUUGGGACCCUUCGUCCUUCCCCCGCCCCUUCAUCUCCGCCGGUGCUGCCGGCCCUGCCUGGGCCGAGUCGCCCGUCUCCACCUACAUGCGCUAUCUUGAGAGCUCUCUCGUCAGCUCCGACACCUCCCGCCAACCGCACCCACCGCCCCUUCCAUCCCCGGGGCUGCUGCUGCCACUCCCCCUGCCAUCUCCAAGAACAACCGCUAGGCUGCCUCCUCCUCCUACUACCCCGUCAGCGUCGGCGUUGCCUUCUCCAAGCACGUUCUUGAACAUGCGCUCGCCGAAAUCUCCUUAUCCACUGCUGUCGCCGGGGUUCCAAUACCCUCCGCCGCUGACUCCCAACUUUGCUCUGUCGCCAUUGGGCCAAUCGGAGAUGUGGGGGGCAGGACCAGGGCCCGGUCCGCGGCCACCUCCCUCUCCCGGGCUCUGGUUCCCUCCGUCACCCUCUGGCUUCUUGCCCAUUCUGAGCCCUGGAUGGAGGGAUAUGUUGUAGCUCCAAGGUGGAACUGCUGUUCCUUUGCCAGCUUUUGUUGACAGAUAGCCAAGCCUAUCGAUCUCAAUAUCCAUUUAUUGGUCUGACCAAAGGUCUAAUGUAAGUGUUCAACAUAGAUGACAACAAGUAUUGGUUUAGGAGAUUACCAUGGACAUGUCGGCAGUAUGGGCAUUGGAAUACAAGAUGAUGGAAAUGUAGCUGGAAUUAUGCAGUUAUCUCUUAAUCGGAGCAGAUUAAGCUCGAGUAUCUGAACGAGAAAUUUCGACUCCAGACCAGGAUGAUGGUAACACUUGUUUUCUGUUUGUGCUGUAAACAGUUCCCAUCCUUAGCAUUUAUAUUUGAGGGAUGCUUUCUUUUGUAUCAACCAGAAAGAAAGAUCCUUGUACACAGUUGGGAGCUUACAGCUUGUUGGUGCUGUUUUAGUAGGGUGUGUAUGAUGACUUGAGAUGUGACCAUGUUGUAUAUGUGGUGUUUGAAACUCGCAGUUGCUGUACUAACUGUUAGAUACAAUACUCAGCUUUUCAUCUUCUUCAUGGUUCCACAUUUCUGAAAGCAUUAGAGCUUUUGAUGCAUUUGCUACUGGGGCAGUUUGUUCUUCAGGAUUAGUACCAUGUUCUGUUCAUGAUUAUGAUAAUGAGAAUAAUUUGUUUUGGGGACU